UGGUCAUAGCUGUCAUUUCCAUUAUGAAAUCGUGUGUUCUGGUAAACAAAAAGUUUUGCUUACUAGAAUUUCUAAUAAAAGUGCAUUAAAUAAAAAUUAUGUUGAACGAAUUAAUAUCGUGGGUUUUAAAUACAUAUCUUGGCAAAUAUUUGGAAGAUUUUAAUCCACAGCAGUUGUCAGUGGCACUGCUUUCAGGCGAAGUCGAGUUAGAGAAUGUGCCAAUCAGAAAAGAUGCGCUGCGUUCAUUCGGCAUACCCGUGCAAGCACACUCGGGUAACAUUGGCAAGAUAAAACUACAAAUACCAGUGCGUCAAUUCCGCACUGCGCCAUGGUGUAUAAUUAUAGAGCGUGUUUAUGGUGUGUUCGGACCGAAAGAUAUCGAUGACUGGGAUGAUGAGAAGGAGAAGCAGGCUGAGUACGAAUUUAAGGUUGCCGAACUAGAUGCCAAAGAAGCCAAGUGGCGCGUUGAAAAUGGCUACCAAAUUGAUAGCUACUAUUCCAAUUCCUACACAAGUUGGCUGAAUUAUGGUACUACAUUAGCCACGAAUAUACUUCAAAACCUUGAGUUGAAAAUCAACGAUGUACACAUACGUUACGAAGAUGCCAUAACUGUGAAGGGCAUACACUUUGCUGCUGGCAUUAAAAUUAACUCGCUGACUGUGCAAAGUUGUGACAGUAACUGGCAACCGCGUUCAAGUGCGCCGAACGAUCAGAAUAUCUCAUACAAACUGAUCGAACUCAAGGAUUUGUCUAUAUACUGGGAUCGGCUGACUGAAGCUAAUCAAUGUUCACAAUUACUAUCCAAAGAGUUAUUAGAACGCAUGAAUGAGUUGUGCGAUGUCAGCAAACAUCAUUAUAUCUUGCAUCCCAUAAGUGCACAUGCACAUUUCAAACGGGAGUGCUGCAAGCAGGCCAUACGCACGAAAUCCAAGCCGCGUUUAAAUUGCGAAUUUCAAGUGCAGGAAGUUAAAGUCGCUGUCAGUGACCUGCAAUAUAAACAAAUAGUCGAUUGCGUUUAUGGUCUACGACAAAUCAAUCGCACGCGUACUUACAAAUUAAUGCGUCCAUCUAGCACGGUAUUCGAAGACGCUACACUGUGGUGGAAAUACGCCGCCAAAUGUCACGGUUUUAUACAUCAAAGUAGUGCAAAUAAAUGGUCAAAACUCAGAGAAAAUCUGCUUUAUAUAAGAAUUUACAAACGGCUGUUGAUAAAUCCAAAUGAUAACAUUACCGUUGAAGAGCGUGAUUUCAAAGCGCAUAUGGAGAAAUCCAGAGCACUACAUGAAUUACACAAUCUACGCAAUGUUUGCCGCACAAAUGUAUUUACAAAUGAUGUGAAUUUGAAAGCGAACUCCAUAAAUCACGGCAAAAGUAUGCUGUUCCAUUGGUUUCCUAACUGGUGGGGUUGGUAUGGCAACACCGAGAGCAGCGUUGUGGCAGCACAAGAUGAGGCAUAUAAAAACAUUGAAAACGAUAUACUCAACGCCUUAGAGGAUACGAUGGAGAAUGAUCCAUUCUCAAAACGCGAUGUGAUUUUCGGUUAUUUUAGCUUUAUAUUAGUUGAUGGACAAUUAAUUGUGUGCACAGAAGAUGUUGCCACGGGACAGACGGCGGUCAGUUUUGAAAUGGACUUUCAAAAUUUGAUUUCUUUCAUUGAAAUGAAACCGAAAUUUAGCGCCUAUGUGAUUGGCAUAUCGUUGGGUUCAGUGUGUCUCAAGGAUAAAUUAACGAAAAAUACGGAAUUUCCAUUUUUGGUCAAGCCGCAAUUCGAUGAAGUGCCUACGAAGCCAACACCACCCAGCACCGGUUACCAACUGGUUGAUUUUAAACGUUUCUUUGCCAAAGAGCAACAAGUGGAUGCUGCGCCAGAGCCAUGGUUUCAAUUGCGCUAUGAAAAAGGACCGCCGGAUAUACAGUCGGAAAUGCGUUUGGUUAUAAAAUCGCGUAGUUUAGAUAUUGUCUAUAAUAAACAAGCUUUUGACUGUUUGAAGUCAUUCUUUUUGAAGCCCGUAAACGAAGUGUACUUGAAGUAUAAGUUUGCUAAGAGCAGUCGCAACCGCCUGAAGUUUCUACAAAACUGGCAGCAGUAUUUAGUAGGCAAUAAGGAUUUUCGUACCACUUGGGCGUUGGAAAUCGACAUUUCUGCGCCGCGUAUUAUAUUUGCGGAUAAUCAUUUGGAGAAAAACACCGGUGUUGUUGUUGUCGAUUUUGGGCGCUUUCAAAUGCUAAAAAAUGAGUGUCACAAAAAAGAGUCGCUAGCUGUCAGUGAGAAUACCUCAAAGAUGGGCAAAGAGAGUGAGGACGAGGAUUUUAUGACGCCUUGCUCGACACCACCGGGCUCGGAAAUCAGUUUGAUUGAAUCGCCUACGUUACGUCAAAAUUCUGUGGCUGCCGUUGUUAAUACCGAUACCGGUCUGGAAAGUGCCUUUCAUAAGAAAAUCUAUGAUAAAUACUUUAUAAACCUAACCGAUCUGCAAGUAAUCGUUUGCAAGAAUCGCGAACGUAAUCACGCUUGCACAAAGCACUCGUCGAAUUUUCAUUUACUCGAGAGAUUUAGCAUAACCUUAGAGUUGGAGCGACGUGUUAUCUAUACUACAGAUCCCGAUUACCCUUCGCUUACGCUAUAUGGCACGCUACCAAAGCUUGUUGCGCAUGUCAAUGAACAAAAAUUGAAUGAGUUCUUUAAGAUACUCUAUCCCAUAAUCACCGAUAGAUAUGAAGUGAAUGAAAUGAAAUACGAAAAUGGCAGCGCUAAUGGUUGCGGUGAUGCUGUUGGUACUGAAACGGAAGGUGAAGGAGGUGAAAAUCUUGUUGGCAAUGGCAAUGGCAAUGAACAUGCUGCAGAAAUGUCAUCAAAUUUCAUAAAUACCAAUAUGAUGAUUAUACAGUUUGUUAUUGGACAAAUGGCGUUGGAAGUGCAAUCGUUGGAGCGCAGCAUCGCUGAGCUGCAAGUGGUCGGUGUGCGUGCAGGCAUUACAAAGUGUGUAGAAGACACGCAUAUUAGCAUGUCAGUACACGGUUUGUUAUUGGUUGACGCUAUACAAUCCUUUGGUCCCGAUUUCGAGCUGCUUGUGGCGAGUCAUCGACAUGUAGGCAUGGAUAGCAUUUCGGGUAGUUUAAAACAAAGUAAACCCUGCUCGCCUAUGUCACCAGCGUCACCUGAUCCAAUGUUGGGCGCCGAACGUUGCACCAGUCCGCAUACAUUGAACAGAGCAAUCAGCGCGCUGCAAAGUGGUCGUAAAUAUUUUGAUAUGGAUUAUGAUGAAUCGCAGGCGCUUAUAAAUAUAGAUCUCAAUCUGAUUAAUGGCACUGAGCCAAACGAUUCGCUACAAAUUGCAAAUAUUGCUUUCAACAACUUGGAUAUUAUUGCAAAUCAAGAAACAAUUGUUGAAUUGUUAGGCUUCGCAAAACGUUUACACAGCACACACGAAGCGAUAUUUCACCGCAAUCAUAACUCCGCCACUGAAACGUAUGCGCACAACAAUAAUAAACAGCGUAGCAAUGCUUCCGCUAAUUUACGCACAGAAAUCUGUUUUGACUUUCAUCGCUUGAAUAUCUUAGUAUUACGUAGCAUAAAUAAAGGCGAUUUCUCGGUGGGUCGCAAGGUGGGCACACUCACAAUGAGCGAAGCCAAAAUACAGGCCACAUUCGGUGAAGAUAUAAGCGUUAUGGGCUCACUGGGCGGUGUGCAAAUCAUCGACAUCACACCCGAAGGCGUUAAUCAUCAGCGCAUUUUCUCCGUCGGCAAAGAUCCACUAACCAAUGAUACAGCCGAGUUUUACAAGCAUGAUCUGCUGCAUACGCUCACCAGUGAAUUGUACAAUGAUAAUUAUGCUGACAAUCAAUUGAAUGCAUUGUCUUUUAAAAUCUAUUGUCAAAAGGAUUCAAUGCCCAAUUUGAAAAUACGCAUGGCUUCUGUGUGGUAUGUGCAUUGUCCGCGUUUCAUACAUGAAAUUAAUAUGUGCAUCUCGCAAUUUAAGCAUUAUCUCAAAAAUUUCGCUACUUCUAUACGCAAUAAAGCUAGCGAUAUGGCAAAGGAACUGGUGCAGCACAUACAGAAGACCAAUGAAACAGAGACUGAAAAAUUGCGUACAGCCGGUCAAAUAUCCAUCGAUAUAGUAUUAAAUACCCCCGUAUUGGUAUUGCCACGAUCGGGCGAUAGCUUAGAUGUGCUAGUUGCUAACUUAGGUAAAAUUACAGCUUAUAAUACACAUGAAGAGAAUGAGAUCUCAAUUUCCAAAUCGACGGAGAACCUAAAUAUGUGGGCCAAAGAUAAUUACUUCAUAGAUAUAAGAAAUAUAAAUGUAUUCUCAUUGAAUACAUCGAAGCGUAAGGAGUUGGGUUUCUCAGCGCUGCCGAAGGUAAACGAGUUGUACGCCUGCAAUACGGAUGCUGUGCCCAUACUGCACGAUACAGCCAUGCUAUUCAAGCUAACCAAAUACAUAACCAAAAACAAAACGGAGCAUCAGUGGACGCUGCACAAUAAAUUAAACGUGGAGGGCAGCAUUACACAGUGCCUGCAAAUCUCCCUGUCGCGCAGUCAAUACGAACAGGUGCUCGACACCUUAAAUUCCUACUCAAAGUGGAAAGGCAAUGGCAAUGCCGAUGAUAAUGUUGCCUCAUCUGUCGACCAGCCGGACAGCGCGCCAAAGGAUAAAGUCAGCGCUCACUAUGAUGUCGCAGAGACUUUCGAAACAAAUUUAAGCUUUUCCGUGCCGAUUUUUCAAAUACACUUAAAGAACAAGCUGAAUAACUCAUUGAUCGAUGUGACAUUUCGUGAUUUUAGUUUUCAAUUUAACCAACAAAAAGACGUUACUAAUUUGGAAGUGUUGUUGCGCUCCAUUGUCAUGGAGGAUCUGAAGUGUACAAUGGAUUCGCGUUUUCGUAAUAUGGUCGAUUCGACGUCCACGGAGAAGGAGAUAAUCUAUAAGACUGAGAAAUGUUUGUCGUGUCCAAAUCUUACGAAUAUACAUUUACAACAAAAUGAGUUGUCACGUUCCAUGCCAUGUAAGCUGAAUUAUCCAAAUUUUUUGGCUGCGGCACAGACGCCUGUGAAGAAAGCCAUAAGCAGCGGUAAUACGUGCCGUGCCACUGAUGAUAAGUUGGUCAACUACAAAUCGCAAACGCAUAUUAUAGUGGGCUUGGAUGGCAAACCAGUUAGCCAAACCAAAAGCUCCAUUGAUUUUAAUUGCUUAAAUUUAACCAUAUCUGUGUGCAGAUGGUUCACGAUAUUCGAUUUUUUCGGCUUGGUGUCCACAUAUGAAAAGAAAAGUUUGACGCCCGCGAAGAGUGAACUUAACGAUGAUGAACCCAUAUCUUUGGGCGAACUGAAGGUUUCAGUGCGUUCGUUAAAUCUCAUACUGGUACGCAACGAAGUCGAGUUCUCCAAAGCGAAUAUAUCACAUGCACAUUUCAAAAUUUCAAGCAACAGAGAUGUGAAAUCGGUCGAAGGACGUCUAAAAUCAAUUUCGCUGUAUGACCUAACGCAUUAUGGUGAUUUGUAUCGUGAGAAAUUCUCAACAGCAGGACCGGAGGCUUUGAGUUUUUCGUAUAAAAAACUUAAUCCGGCUGCCAAAUCAAAUGAACGUUCACUGGAAAUGAAUGCAAAAUUGCGCAUACAAAUGUCAUCAGUACGAUAUAUACACACAAAGAGAUUUAUUAUGGAGAUUCAUUUAUUCUUAAAAGAUUUGCUGGAAUUACAGUCGCCGGUCAUAAGGCGCAUAAAGAUGUCCGAAAGCCAAGCGGAUAUGAACUCUACACCUACCAAAGUCGGUCUGCGUAUACAUGCUGCUUCGCCCAUCGUUUUACUGCCACUCAGCCACAAUAGCACACAGGUUAUAGUCGCCGAUUUGGGUGAGUUCACAUUGCGGAACUCAUUUCACUUCGCGAGCGAUGCGAACGUCGUUAGCAAACGACAAGAUGAAAAGGGACUGAAUGAAAUACUCGAUGUGAUGCAUAUCGAUCUGGUCAAUAUGAAUGUAUUCUCGGGCGAACGCAUUUGGAAAACCAACAAAACGCUGAAUUACAAUCCCAGUGAAUGUGUGAACAUCGGCAAUUUUACCAUAUUGAAGUUGGGCAACAAUCUCUUCAAGGAGACGUGCCAUCUGAAACUGCAAGUGGAGCGCAAUAUCGAUACGGCGGUCAGUCACAAUUGUCCGGAUAUAACGGUGAAGGGGGUGCUAACCAAAUUGAAUGGCAUUGUAAAUCUGCAACAAUACAAAUUACUACGUGGCUUUCUCAGCUACAAUUUGGGUGAAAUGAUUGACGAUGUGUACUUUAAUUAUGCGAAGAAUUUCCGCGAAUCAAUCGAUCGAUUGAACUCAACCAGUGAAUCGUAUACCUCGACAGAUGCAUUGGAUAUGCCCGCCUGGAAUACGAUGUCCAUCAAUUUACAGUUGGAAAAUGUGUCUGUAUCGUUGGUGGAGCAGCAGAGUUACGACAACGAAAUCAAACCGUUAGCUUGUAUAAAUUUCAUAAAAUCUUUCUUGCAAAUCGACUCGUUCAGUGAUGGCUCGCAAGACAUCGAUUUGGUGUCCAGCGAAGUGCUUGUGCUCGACUCGCGACCCGAACACAUAUCGAAGAAUGUAUUUCGACACAUUUUGAAACCGAAACGCGACAAUCUCUCGAAGAAUGUCGUACAGGCGGAAAUACACAGUCGAAAACGUAAUAAUUCAUCGAAAUAUACAAUUCUGUUAAAUAAUAUGCGCAUCAUGGCCAUACUGGAUUGCUUGGAGAGCAUUAAAAAGUUUCUCGAAGAGGAACCCACCAUCUCCACAUCGGUGACACCCUCAUGGCGCAGCAGCAAUAAAAUGGUGAAACAAACCUCAACAACGCACGAAGUUGAUAUGAAAACCGAUUCGGAAAUAAUUUUAAACAUCACCGACUCCGAAUUGAUUUUCGUGGAGAAUGUCGAAUUAACCGACACGAAUGCAAUCAUUUUGAAAAACACCACCGUGCUACAGUACAGACCCAACAGCCACAUUUGUCCCGUUUCGAUUGAUGUCAACCACUUGGAGGUCUUCUCCUGCAUACUCGGCGCUGAAGAGCAGAGCGCGCUCUCCAUUAUCGAUCCCUUCUCGCUGAAUAUGGAAUUGAAAAACAAUUGUUUCCACAUCAUCAUACACAAACAACUCUCCAUACGGCUAUCGUACAACGAUGUCAAGUUAUUUUCGAAAAUGCUGCAGUCCAUACCCAAUCAGGCGAAGACCUCACAGAAGCUCAAUCGCGCCAAUUAUGCGAAUUUCGAGGCGAUUGCGCCGCUGGUCAAAAUGGGUUUCAAAACUAAAGAUUGCUGGGAAGCCAUGGAGGUGAACAACAAUAAUUUAAACGACGCCGCCAAUUGGUUGUUACAACAGAAGCAUGUGAAGACCGAUCAGGGGUAUCUGGAAGUGCACAAUCUGCUCAUAAGCGCCAAUUGCAUAUCGAUUUGUGUCAUUGACGAUUGCAUGGACGCGGAUGUGCCACUGUUGGAGAUUGCGCUGUCGCAGUUGACGCUGGCGCAGCGUUUGGACCAAGCCAAAUCACCCGUGGAGGCUGGUUACAGCACGCCAUUGUAUCAAGAGGGCCGACUGGAAACGAUCUUCGCUAGCGAUUACUAUAAUCGGCGCUUGAGUGGCUGGGAGCCGGUUGUGGAGCAGUGGGAAUGUUCGGCGCAUUGGCAAUAUUCGAAAGCAAACGUGAUGAUACCACGCAUGUUGGUGAUGCAAGUGAGCAGUAAACAGCUGCUCAAGCUGAAUAUAACAUCGACGCUGGUCGAACUCUGCGAUAUUGUACGCAAUAACUGGAUAAAAGACUAUUACGGGCAGAGUAACAAUGCCGACUCGCUAACAGGCUUUCGGCGGCGCUCGCCAUUUGUGCCAUUCGCAUUGAAGAAUCUUACCGGUGAGCCGUUGUACUUCAAGACACUCUACUCUUCUCCAGGCGGCAUAACACGCACCGAGGUCAAUCAGCCGGAUAUCAUGUGCGAUUGGUUGGCGGUGCAACCGAAUGAAAUUUUGCCCUUCGACUUUGGUCCACAAACCAAGCUUAGACACAUGAACUCUCACAAAUUGAAUACACAUCAGAUUUUGGUGCAAAUUCAGGGCUGGACUCUGAUCGGUCCAAUUUCAAUCGAUAAAGUUGGUAUAUUUUUCCGUUAUUCCACUUUGGAUAUGCAAUAUAAGAAACGUACACGCAUUGUAUUCGACAUAUCGAUGUUCGGCUCGGCGCAGAAAAUGAUUACAAUACGUUCGGCGUUGACGGUGGUGAAUCGUUUGAAUGAGCGGGUUUUACUUAAAAUGGAAGGUAAACAUGAAGACAAUGUCGCAUUAUCUGUGCUUGAAACGAGCGAGCAACUAAGUGUACCGCUACGUUUGGUGGAUUCACUCAUUUAUUUCCGCCCAUACACACCGACCAAAUCGCCCGAUCAAUUGGUGGAAAGCGCAUCCGAAGGUAGAACUGUGUUCGUAAGGAAAAACUCUAUUUUACGCAGCAAUCGUUGCGAUGAAUUUGAGUUCAGCACCUGUGGCAUAUCGUGGACCACUUGCGCUAAAGAUUCGGUGGACGAACUCUUCACAUGUUACGGCAAAAGUAAUGCGGUCUUCUAUACACUUGUCGAAAUACGCAAAGUUAAGUAUCCGAAUAGGGAUUUCAACACACCGGGCCAUAUGAUUACGCUCCUGCCCCCCUUGAAAUUGAAAAAUAUGCUUUCCUGUGAUUUGCUCUUCAAAAUCUCGGGCCACAUUCAAGGUAGAAUCAAUUCGUCAGAAGUUGUAAAUAUACACACGAUCAACGCGUGCGACUCAUUCGUGCUCAGCAUAACAUUGGAUAACUACAAGCUCUCUGGUCAACUGAAAAUACCCAUGGGUCACACUGGUAUUGUGGAGCCAAAGCUGAAAUUGAUUGACAUACUAAAUCGUGAGCUUUAUCUGCGCGUCUCCAUACAAUCUUUUCAAGGCAAAGGUAUGGAGAUUUUUAUCAGUGCGCCCAUUUGGAUUAUCAAUCGCACCGGUUUACCGCUGGUGUAUCGACAAGAGGGCACCAAUCGUUUGGGAUCUGGUCAAUUCGAUGAACACGAGCAGGCGCGCAUUGUUUCACCGUUACUUUUCUCCUUCUCCGAUCAGGAAGGUUCACCAUCACUGGAGAUACGACUGGGCAAUAGUUAUGGCAAUAAUAAUCCGUGGUGCAAAAGCUUUAAUAUACACAAAGAAACUUUCCAGCGUCAAUUGCGCGCUGAGCGUUACAAAGGCUGUUAUGCCAUUGGCAUAAAUAUACGCCGAGGUCGUGGUCUAUAUUCAUGGACGACCUUCGUAAUUCUAUCACCUCGCUAUCAGCUUUAUAACAAAUCCAGUAGAAAAUUGGAGUUUUCACAAAAAUGUGAUAUCAAAAAGCCGGAUGCCACCAACGCCGAGCACAUAAUAUCCGCACUGCCUGGUUGUAAUUUCCCCUUCCAUUGGCCCAAUUACGAACAGGAGCCGCUGCUGUGUGUGCGCAUCAGCGAUGUGAGCUUCUGCCAUUGGUCACAUGGCAUACCCAUCAACGAAGUACAUUCCAUAUAUAUUAACGUGCGCAACGAUUUGGGCGAAAUGUUCUUUUUGCGUCUCGAGGUGAUCUCCAAAGGCGCCACAUACUUCUUUCUAUUCAGCGAUGCGCACACCUUACCGCCACCCAUACGCAUCGAUAACUAUUCGGAAAUCAUGAUACAUUUCUAUCAAUAUGCCUGCAAGCCACAUUGGCGCUCAACCGUACGACCGCAAUCGUCGCUGGCAUACGCUUUGGACGAUCCCUUAGGUGCGCACAUGCUGCAAAUCGAGGUGCCUGGUGGCAAUACAAUUGAAUUUCCACUUAACAAAAUGGAAACCUCCAACAGCAUCACAUAUGCCAACUUCAUUUAUAUCGCUUUCAAAGAGACAUUCGCCUAUACCGAAGCGGAAAUGUCACAAUUGGGGAUUGAGGGGCAGCAACUGGUUUUGGCGGUACGCGAUAAAAAGGUGAUAGUCGCGCAUAAGUGCACCGGCGAUCGUUCGCAGCUAUGGCUGAUGAACUCUUUCGGUCAGUUGGAGCACGAAGGCUCUUCGCCACCAACGGAAUUCGGCAAAUAUAGUGAAACGUAUGGCUAUCGUAUGGUGCUAGAUGUGGAAACGGCGCUCAAUCCGAAUGAUUAUACCAAUUUGGUCAUAAGACCGCCGAAUAAGCAACGAGUAACCACGCAGCGGUGGCGCUUUGAGAAUGGUCGGCUAAUGUGUCAUACGAAUAUGUGUGUGCAGGUCCGCAACGGCGUUUUCGGUUUACGUCCUGGUUCGGAAGUUGUGUUGGGUCGCAUACAAUCGAGUUCACGUGUCACCAGCAGUGAUAUUAUUCCAUUUGAGCAAAGUAUUGAAAUUCAGAAACUGCGUCCUGGUUCCGGACAUUUAGAGAUUUUAAGCAAAAUGGAUGGACCGAUACGUACGGUACAAAUACAUGAUGUAAAAGUGAAGCCAGAGGAUGUCACGCUGACACCAGAUCCCAACUGGAAUCAUGCAUCGAUCAGCAGUCGGUUGACGGUGGAUGAGCACAAGGGCAAUAUGUUCGAUGAAAUUUCGCUUAAAGUCGAUUUACAAAAGGGUUUGGGUAUUUCCAUUGUAACAUGUCAACCUGUCGAGGAACUAGCCUUCAUAACGUUAGAAACCAUUUCGAUAGAUGUGCAUUCAACGCGUUUCAUUAAGUCCUUGGAGUUUAAAGUGGCCGAUCUGCAAAUCGACAAUCAACUUCUGGAUACCGCCUGUCCUGUUCUAUUACAUACCGUACGCACAAGCGAUGAUGAUGAUUUGCCCAGCAGCGCUUUGAUUUUGAAAGCAAAACUCUUGCCGAGUCCCAAUAAGAAUGCUAUAAUUUUCGAGUAUCUAACCUUCGAUAUAAAUCCGUGUGUGUUGAUACUUGAAGAACGACUGAUUUUAAAGACGGCCUACUUUUGCGGUGUGGGCAAAUCGGAUAAGUACAAAACGAAUAAGGAAUAUGAUCAUGGACUGCAAAAUAUCGAAGAGUUAUCGCUUUCAACGAAUCCGCGUAGAUUCUACUUCGAAUCGCUUAAUCUUGGUUCAAGUCAGGUGCGUGUGUCCGUAUUUACUGCGCCAAAAUUAACACCAGAACUAUUCGAAACGAAGAAGACGCUUGGCUUGACUUUAGUCAAAUUCGAAGAUGCACUCAUAGAGUUCGAUAAGUUCUCCGACAAGCAUCACUUUGAGCCCUUAGAGGUGUAUCUGAAAGCAAUCAAGAGCCACUUUGUAAGCCAAAUAAAGCGACAUGCCGCCUCGAUAUUAGGCAGUGUCGACUUUCUGGGUAAUCCGCUGGGCUUUGCCAACGAUCUCUCGGAAGGUGUGUCCGGUCUAAUAUUUGAGGGUUCUGUCAAGAGUCUGGUGAAGAAUGUCACACAUGGCAUUUCCAAUUCUACAGCUAAACUAACGGAAACAUUAUCGGACAGUUUGGGGCGCGUUGUACUCGACGAACACGACAAUGAGACGCGUCAACGCAUACUAGAAAUACAGUCGAAUACAUCGGGUAAUCAUUUGGCGGCGGGUCUCAAAGGACUCGGUUUCGGUUUGCUUGGUGGCGUCACAAGUAUUGUGCGGCACACCUACACGGGCGUACAAUCGGAUGGCUUCCCCGGCCUGUUGAGUGGACUCGGUAGAGGACUGGUCGGCACCGUAACGAAACCCAUAAUUGGUGUGCUCGAUUUGGCAUCGGAAACGGCGAGCGCUGUACGCGAGACGAGCAAAACUUCGGGACGCAUGCUGCCCGAUCGCAAGCGUUUGCCACGUUGCGUUACCGGUGCGCCGGGUGGUCUGCUACCCGCCUACUCGUAUCGACAGGCGAAGGGCCAACAAUAUUUAUACAUAAUAAAUCGUAGAAACUUCACCGAGAAACUCAUGUCUUAUGAACCGAAUUUGUGCAAUGAUAAAGAUGCUAAACUGCGUCUACUAGUCACCACCGAAUUCAUACGCAUCUUUUCACGUUGCGAUGAGGACCCGGCGAUUAUGUUUGAGUGUCACCUAAGCGAAGUACUCUCAUGUCAUCCGCUGACCACAAAUGUGGUGAAUUCCGGUGCGCCCGGUGGUAGCAAGCAUACACCGAGCUUCUACAUAGAGAUUUCCACCAAUCUGCCGAAGAUUACACGACCGCGUGUCAAAUGUCAAACAGAGGAAGUGGCCGAGCGUGCAGCACGUUGUAUCAACUACGCUAAAAGUGUGUUUGAUGAGCGCGAACAAUCUGUGGCCAGUGAAUAACCAAAAUUUACCACUGUUAGUGCUUAUGUUUAGUCCAUUAAGGGUGUUGUAGUUUUAAGUGUUGAUACUGAUAUGUUAUUUAAUGUAUAUAUGUAUGUAUGUAUCUUGUAAUUUAUAUUAAAGAAAAAGUAUUUAAGUACUCGUAUAGUAAAUAAUGUAAUGGUGGGCAUUAUAAAAUAAAUUCGACUGUAAAAUUUAAUUUAACCUAAAACAUUUAAGUUUCAUUAUU